AUGAUGAUUUCAUUAUCCGGUGGUAAGAUCGAUUAUUUAUCCAUCUUCCGAAUGAUUUCUAUCGUAUCGAACUAUUUAGGCAAAGCCUUUACAUUGAUGAUGGUCAUACUAAUCGACCAUAUUCGUUGUAUCACUCCAAUGAACUGUCCUUUAAUACGUAGUUUUGCUGAUAAUAGUGGCAUACUCGUUGUAAAUAAAAGCGUUCUAAUGUCAAUGAAGACACCUGUACAUUGUCAAUGGCUAGUGGCCAGUUCAAACCAACAAAAGAUUUUCGUCGAAUUUGACUAUUUAUAUAUUCCAAUCUCAAUGAAAGAAUAUUUUCAUACAGGUUGUCAUCGUGGAUCGGUUAAUUUAUGGACAAUUGGAUUACAACACGAAAAACUUGAAAUAUGUGGUGAUCGACAGAAUCUUCGUAUUGGUGGAAUUGGAAGAAUGCUAAUGAUUGCGCUACACAUUCUCGAUCCAAGUCUAGAGGUUGAUUUUCAAAUGAAAUAUUACUUAAAACACACUGCGCCGUUAUUAACUACUAUGUCAAGUAUCUUGAAAUCCACGAUUGUACCUGCGCAAAAGCCGUUCAAUGCUCGAACAUCGUUAUUCUCCGAAUGUGGCCUGACAUGGACCAACGGUAAUGAAUAUUAUCGGGAAAUCUCAAGUCGUAUCGUCGGUGGUCGACAAGCAAUACCACACAGUCAUCCAUGGCAAGUUCUUCUCAACAUUCGCGGCCAUUAUUGCGGAGGAAGUAUUCUCAAUGCCAGAUGGCUCGUCACUGCUGCCCACUGUGUUAAUGGAUCAAAUCCAGAAAGUUUAUUAGCAGAAUUCGGGAUGCAUGAUCGACAUCGAAGAGGACCAUGGCGAGUUGCGAGAACUAUCAAACAAAUUCUUAUCUAUCCACUAUACAGUGGUAAAUUGACGAGAUGGAUGCAUGACAUUGCUUUACUUCGUUUAACAGAACCAUUAGUAUUCAAUCCAUUCAUUCGAUCUAUUUGUUUACCAUCCAAAGAUGAUAUUAUUCAAUACGGCGAACGAACACUUGUUACUGGAUGGGGUGCAACUCAAGGUACGGGAGAUUAUCGAUAUUUGCGCGAAGUUGAAGUGCCCAUUCAAUCGAAUGACCGUUGUCGAUUAAAUGCCGUUAGUUGGGAAACAAAUCUCUGCGCGGGUCUAUGUGAAAAUGGAACAUGCGAUGCUUGUCAAGGCGAUUCAGGUGGACCCAUGGUUUUACAUCGUCAUAAUCGAUGGUAUCUAGUUGGUUUAAUUUCUUGGGGAUUUAGUUGUUCGGGUUUAGGCACUUAUACAAAAGUUUCUUAUUAUUCUGAUUGGAUUUCUAAAAUCAUUUCCUAUUGA